AAGGUGUUAUGGGCAUGGAAAGGAGAAAUAGCUAAAGCUGCCCGAUGAGAAAUAGUAAUCUAAAUUCUAAUACUGAAAUUAUCAUUACUGAAGGAAAUACUUAUUUUUCUCUAGGCCUGAAGAAAAAGGUCAGUGGGAAAGCCCUACCAAAAAUUAAAGAAAAUGCUGAACUCACUGAAGAGAGCCCUUCAUGCAACCAAAGCAAUCAAGUGAAUGUCAGAGAAACAAGAGUUUUGGAAAAAGAAGAAGAGGAAUCAGAAGAAAGCAAUGUAUCGCUGAAGAAAUCCUCAACAAUCAACAUCAAAAGUAAAGAAAAUUUGCAAAAUGCUGAAAUGACUUCAAGUUCAGACAUGACUCUUCCCACAGGUGUUUCAACCUUUCUCAUUGAGUGUUUAGAUGUCGAUUCAACUGCAGAUUCUAACAAUACUAGUGGCAGCCUGCAGAGUUACUCAUCCCCUGAAACAUUCAGAGAUGAUGAUUCAGAAAGAAGUAAUUUUUAUUCUGUGGACCUUGGCAAGUACAAGAACUCUACUCUACUGGACUCCAGCAAAGCAGUGACCAUUGAUAAGAUAGCACAGCUCUCAAAUCUUUCAGCAAUAUUAGAACCUGUACCAAAGGAUUUUCAAGACUGGGGCAUUAGAAGAAAGAGACCACCAAAUUGCAAUUACAGUUCUUCAGCAUUAGGCAUUUCAGCCACUCUGUCAGGAAAAAAGCUCUAUAAAAUUACAGCUGCAAGAGAGAGAACUCCCGACCUAGAAAGUGGUAUGCGCUGUGCUUCACCCAUAGGACCGGACAGCAAGCCUGACAGGCAAACUGCUAAACCCAAAAGGCUGAAGCGUAAGAGAACAGAAGAUGGUUCUAAUCCGGUAGGAGAAGGUUCAUCAUCACUCAGGCAGCUUGAUGCCCCAGGAAACACUUCAGCCAAAUCAGGGGGGUUUACUGCACAAGUUGUGCCAACCAAACCAGCAGAUGCUGUGGGGCAAAUGACUUCCACCAUGCUGGUCGUUGAGGAAAAUAAAGCCCUAAAAAAUCCUGGUAAUGCUCAGCUUGCACAGCUAAAGGUGAGUGUCUAUCCAGUGUGCACAACCCCUUCAAUACAAAUUUGGGAAAGCCUGUUCCUGAAUACCACAGGUCCAUAUGUAAAUUCAGAAGAAAUUGUUCCUGCAUCUCUGAGCUCAGAAAAAGAAAUUAUUCCUCAAAGUCCAGAAGAAAAGAAUAUUUUUAAGCCUCUGUGUGACACGGAAGAAAUCUGCUCCAUUGUUAGACUGUCACCACACCAGAGGCCUUCCAGGCUCCUGCGAGUUCCAGUUAAGAGGGAAGAGUUCUCCCUUCCCAAAGGAGUGCCUGAAGAUUCUAUUACAAGUACCAAAAAUUGGAUCUGCUGUAAACAGAGAUGAGGUUUCUGGAUCUCAGCAGGAGUCAACAGAAGAAAUGACCAUCUUGUUGCCGUGAAACAGAACUAACAAGUGGCUGUUGUUUUUCUUUUUUGCACAUACGUUGUUUGAAAUUUGGUAUUAUGUGUUCAGUAAGCUUGUAAGUACUUUUCUCAAGUACUUAACAUUAAAUUAUUUUGUACAGCAA